AUGCCCGUUGAUGGGAUGAAGAGUGCUGGAACAAAGCGCGAGCGCCCACGGGACCCUCCGUUUGUUGCUGACUACCGCCCCUACACAGGCCGCCAACUGGCGCGUGCACAGUAUUGCAAAACGACACACAGGGAACACUGGGAUAUCUAUUACCGCAACAAUACAGUGAAGGGUUACCGCGAUCGUCAUUACAUAAUACGUGAAUUUCACGAGCUCCGUGAGGCCCUUAGGCGCCUCAAAGAAGAGUCUCCUUCGCUAGCAGUAGAUCUUGUUUGGAUGGAGGUAGGCUGUGGCGUGGGCAACGCCAUCCUCCCGAUUCUCGAGGAAUAUGGUGACAUCAGUGGAUGGCGUCUUGUUGGGUUUGAUAUCUCCGCUGUGGCAAUUGAAUUACUGCAGAAGAAACGAAAAUCUCUCCCCGAGUGUUGCCAGGAGAAACUUGCCGUGCGUGUUAUGGAUCCAGUUGAGGAGGAUAUCCUCGUUGCAGCAUCGUCUUCUGGAUGCCCGUUUGCCCUCGCUGCGGGCUCAGUCGAUUUUGUGACGAUGAUUUUUGUGUUGUGCUCAAUUCCGGUGGAGAAACACCUACUUGUGCUGCGGCGUGUGGCACUCUGCAUGGCCGAGGGGAGUAUCUUUUUCUUUCGCGACUAUUGCAUCGAGGACCACGCAGAGAAACGGUUUGACCCCCGGCGUCAGUUGGAAGAAAACACCUUUACGCGCAGCAACGGAACUUUGAGCCACUUCUUUUCCCUUGCGGAGGUGCAACAUUUAUUUCAGGAGUCCGGCUUUGAGAAGUUGGAGCUCGUAGUGGUUGAGCGAGAGGUUGUUAACAGGAAGCAGAGAACCAAUAUGCAUCGAAAAUUUCUUCAGGGCCGAUUUCGUAAGUCAGGGAAGGGAAAAGAGCAACUGAGCCGGUGA